UUGAAAAUGUAAAUUUUCCGUCUGUCAGCUGGGAGGGAAACAAAACGAUAACAGCAGAUAAUUAUUUGAAGGAAAAAGUCGUUAAUAUUGUUAAGUUACUGAAAAUGUCUAAGAAAUGUCCAGAUAUCAAUGGGCUCCCGAUUAAAGAUAGUGAGAAUCUAAACAAACGCGUAGCAGGUCCAGUUUCCCCAGCAUUUGCACCCACAACAUUAAAAUUUCCUAAACAUAUUCACACUGAAGUUGAUGAUAAAUUAAAUAAACUUGCUGAUACAAUCUUUAAGCGCAGUCAGAUUGGUCCAGAUCACACCCAUAAUGAAAUAUCGGCACCUUAUGAAGUUUUACAAUAUCCUAUUGAGGAGGAAGCGGACAGAACAUACUACCAGAGAAAGUAUAAUUCUCAGGGAAGUGGAGGUAAAGGUGCCGAUGGAGGUAGUCUUCUAUCACCCUCACCAUCACCAGUAGAAAGAGAGACUCUUAUUAGACAUCAGAGCAUUGGUCAUAUUGAUGUUGCCUUUGCCAAUGCUGAAGAAGAGGAGGCUGAGUUCUUGACAGCUUUUCAGAGAAUCUCUGUAAAUGGAAAUGAGAUUAGUGGGGUACCAUUGAAUGAUUUAGAGGAAGCUUCUAAAAGUCUUGUGAAAGCUUUGAUGAUUCGUGAAAAAUAUAUGGCUGUGUCCAAUCAGUACUUUCCUAAAGUUACAGCAAGAUUUCUACAAAGCUUAGAAGACAAGGCAGAGUUUAAUAAAAUCAACUACUCAGGAGAGAAGAAAAGCAUUUCAGUAGAAGAUGACAACGAUGGUGUUAUGUAUUAUGACCACCGAGAUCACCCAAUCCAUGCUCCUCCGAUGUCUGGGGAUCCAUUCAGUUUUCAGUUUGUGGAAAGUGUGCAUUGUAAACUGAAAAUGAAACAAGGUGUUGUGUAUGUGUAUAAAGAUGAGGAAUCAUUACAGAAACAACAGCCAAUUGAUCUACCUUAUGUUGAUUUAAAAUCUUUCUUAGCAGAUCAAAAUUUAAUGUAUGCCUUUAUAAGUGAUGGUCCAUUGAAAUCGUUCUGUUAUCGUCGAUUGUCGUAUCUGUCCGCCAAAUACCAACUCCAUUUAUUAGUGAAUGAGUUAAAAGAAUCUGCACUACAGAAAGAAGUUCCUCAUCGUGACUUUUACAAUAUUAGAAAGGUUGAUACUCACGUCCAUGCUUCAUCUUGUAUGAAUCAAAAACAUCUUCUACGAUUUAUUAAAAAGAAGAUGAAAAUGGAACCCAAGGUUGUAGUGUGUAAGACUAGAGAAAAUAAAGAGAUGACUUUAGAGGAGGUUUUCCAGAGUUUUAAUAUGACAACAUAUGAUUUGAGUGUUGAUGUGUUAGAUGUUCAUGCAGAUAGAAAUACAUUUCAUAGAUUUGAUAAGUUUAAUGCCAAAUAUAAUCCCAUUGGGGAAAGUCGUCUACGAGAAAUAUUUAUUAAAACAGAUAACUACAUUGGUGGCAGAUAUUUCGCACAUAUUCUUAAGGAAGUAAUGAGUGAUUUAGAAGAAAGUAAAUAUCAGAAUGCUGAAUAUCGUUUAUCUAUAUAUGGUCGAUCUCGAGAUGAAUGGGAUAAAUUAGCUAAAUGGGCUGUCAAUCAUAAAGUAUAUUCGGAUAAUGUUCGAUGGUUGAUUCAGAUUCCACGGUUAUAUGAUGUUUAUAAGAGUAAUAAAUUAGUGAACUGUUUUCAAGAUUUAUUAGAGAAUAUAUUUCUACCAUUGUUUGAAGUCACCAACGAUCCUAGCACUCAUCCAGAACUACACUCCUUCUUACAACAUGUAUCUGGAUUUGAUUCUGUAGAUGAUGAAUCUAAAUCUGAACACAUCCAGUUUGAUACAAAAUCUCCACAACCAGAAGAUUGGAACAUGGAUAUUAAUCCCCCUUAUACAUAUUAUCUGUAUUAUAUGUAUGCUAACAUCACAGUACUUAAUCAUUUUAGAAGGGAAAGAGGUUUUCCUACUUUCACAUUACGACCCCAUUGUGGUGAAGCAGGAAAUGUAACUCAUCUAGUGGCCGGUUUUAUGUUAGCGGAAAGUAUAUCACAUGGUCUAGUUCUACGUAAGGUUCCUGUGUUACAGUAUCUCUAUUACUUAGCUAAAGUUGGUAUCGCCAUGUCCCCACUUAGUAAUAAUUCUCUCUUCCUAAAUUAUCAUCGGAAUCCAUUACCAGAAUAUUUUGCUAGAGGGUUAAAUGUUUCCUUAUCUACUGAUGAUCCCAUGCAGUUUCAUUUUACAAAGGAACCGUUAAUGGAAGAAUAUAGUAUAGCUGUACAGGUAUGGAAGUUAAGUUCUUGUGAUAUGUGUGAAAUAGCUGCCAAUAGUGUUUUACAGAGUGGAUUUCCACACGAGGUAAAACAGCAUUGGCUGGGUCCAAACUAUACUAAAGAAGGUGUGGCAGGAAAUGAUGUCACAAGAACUAAUAUUCCUGAUGUUCGUGUUGCCUAUCGUUAUGAAACCCUGAUGGAAGAAUUACAAAGUAUCUGUUUAGGAGCCAAGGCCUUUGAUUAUGAUCACUCAGAUGUCAAAAACUAAGUUUCUAGAGAAUUUAUCCUACUUUAGUUAUUGUUAUAUUUAGCUAUGUACUGUAUAAUAACACCUUGACAACUAGUAUAUAGAUCAGUUGCAAUGGAGGAAAUCAGACAUAUCUAGUUCUUGAUAUUCAAGGGUACUGUAUGUGAGUGUGCUUAAUUUGUUGUACAUAGGUUAUAAUUAAAAUUAUUGUCAUUUAUUCUUCAAAAUGUGGGUUGCAAUUGGCUUAUUACAACCUUCAUUAAAAAUGAUAAGGUUAAUGGUUUGAACAAAGUUAGAAAGAAGAAGAAGUAAUAAGAAAUAUUGUGCACAUAUGCAUUUGUUACAGCUGAAUAAAUUGAUGAGAUUUUUAACAUUAGUACAAAGUACAUUGACAGGCGUAGGCAAUCACUAAUGCAUUACAGAGACACACCUCCCUGCUUGUGUUAAGUAAAGGGUAGUAAUCAUGUUAUCGACCAUGGUUAUACUAAAUAGACAUCUUUAUGAAAACUUAGCUCUUGUCAAAAUCUGGAUUCGAAAAAUUGAUAGUUAAGGUAGUAGUCUGGUGUCCAGACUCUGGUCAUUAGUGAUACCGGUAAUGUGUACAAAAUUGAUAAAUUAUCUUUUAUAUAAGCUUAAUUCUAAUAGCAAUAUAAUUUAAUUGCUCUGCAUUUAAUUCUCAAACUAAAUACACAGUUGUGUAUAGAUUAUUUGUUACACCAGUAAUUUAUUUAUAUACAAUUUAACAUAAUAGAUGAAUAGGCUUAUCUUGGCAAGAGUUAUUUUGGUUAUCCACUGCCAAAUAGAUUAAAAGAACGAUUGCUUAUCAAAUUUUAAAAUUAAAACCAGUCUUUGAGUAGUUAUGCCUAACAGUAGCCAAAACAUUAAAAAAAGUAAAAAAUUUACUUAAAAACUAAUCAUAUAUAAACUCUAUUGAAAUGUAUUAAAAUAAUAAUAGACCAAUGCUUCCAUUAUAAAUAAAACCUAAGAUCAAAAUACGUUCUUCUGAUUGAAAUGUUUUAAGAAUUUGUUAUCAUUUCAAUAUUUAAAAUAUUUUGUUUGUAUUUCUUCAGCAAUAUUUGUUUCUGUAUAUGUCUAGAAUAGAACUAUAUUUCCUCUUUGUCUUGUAUAUGUGGCAUUUGAACGAAUCAAUUUUUUCUAUUUUAAAGAUUUGUCGGUAUGUAAUGUAUGAUUUUGGUGGUCAUGAAAUUGUUGAUAAUGAAUAAUUUUGUUUUUCCUAGAAUAUUUUAAGAGUUACAACCCUUUUUAUUAUUAGUGUGUUAUAUUUGUGUAUAUUUACUGAAAUUUUUAUUUCUUGUAUGUUAAAUUAUAUAUAAUACCCUGUGUUUUCAACUUUAUCAUAUAUCCAGUUGUAUAGUCAUUUUACAAUAAAUUUCUGGUUGGAGCAGAGGAAGUCAAAGAGAAAAAUAAUUGAGAUUGCCUUAUUAGAAACAAUGUUUAUCUGCCAAAUAUAUAGAAAGUUUUUUGUAAAAUUAUUUUUAAUGUGUGUUCAAUUGUAUGUAUUUUGUACACAGGCAUAAUUCAUAAAAAUUAAUUCCAAUGGAAUUUUGCAUGUUAUUUUUAUUUUACCAAAAUAAUUAGUUUAAAAUCAAAUUUACAAUACAUACUUUUUAAUUUUAUUUGUGAAAAAUUUUAUUAUUAUAUCUGUUGUGUGUUUACUGAACACAAUGUGAAUCUUGAUUUUAUCAAAUAUAUGUAACUACUAGUUGAUGCAGACUAACAUCAUUGAUAAAGUUUGACUAUUUACAGUUUUGACAAAAGCUGAACUUAAUCUUCAGGACUGCAACCUGACAGUUAAGAUUUAGUGUACAGUAGAACAAUAGCAUUUUAAUGAUCUCAGUUUUAGAAAUCCCCAACAUCUUCCAGAAUAUUGAGCACUAGUUAUAAUAGUAGCCAACACAUCAAUAAUACAAUUUAUAUACUCAGUAAAUAUAAAUUCUUUAUUGUGAUAAUUGUUUGUAUUUAGGGACAUAAUAAAGAGUCCUACUCAAGAGGGGGAAAAAGUUAAAAUUUUUAAUUCAGGUGCAAGAACAUGCAACUCGCCUUGAAAUAAAGGAAUAUGCUUUGUUGAAACAGCUUUUUUUUUUUUACCAGUAUUCAGUGAAAAAAGUCUUAAAGUAUAACAUAAUUUUUAUACGGCCACAUUUUCAUGUGGACGUAUAUUGUCGUCGCCCCUGUCCGUCCGUCCGUCCACAAUUGUUUGUGAACAGUCUACAGGUCACAAUUUUUAUCCAAUUUCAAUGAAACUUGAAAUAUAAGUUUAUCACCUUAAGAUCUCGGUUCCUUUCGAUAUUGGCAUCUAUCGAACCGUAAUUUCAUGGAUUAUGGCCCCUGAUUGUACGAAAAAAUCACGUUUUUGGCUUGUGAACACUGUAGAGGUCACAAGUUUUAUUCGAUUUUGUUGAAACUUGAAAUGUAAGUUUAUAACCCAAAGAUCUCGGUUCCUUUCGAUAUUCGCGCAUAUCGGACCGUAACUUCCUGAAUUAUGGCCCCUGAUUGUACGUAAAAACACGAUUUUUGGCUUGUGGACCCUAUAGAGGUCAUAAUUUUUAUCCGAUUUAAAAAAACGUAUUAUUAUAUCACCGUUAAACCCUAAGGACGGUUGAGUUCGAAUUUCGUGAAAAUCGGCCUAAAACUGACAGACAAAAUGGCUGCCGUUCGUUCCCAAAUAGCGUAAAAAUAUUGUAUAUCAAGGUUGUGGACCCUAUAGAGGUCACAAUUUUUAUCCGAUUUUGUUGAAACUUGAAAUGUAAGUUUAAAACACAAAGAUCUUGAUUCCUUUCGAUAUUCGCGCAUAUCGGACUGUAACUUCAUGAAUUAUGGCCCCUGAAUGUACGCAAAAACGCGUUUUUUGGCUUGUGGACCCUAUAGAGGUCAUAAUUUUUAUCCGAUUUCAAAAACCGUGUUAAUAUAUCACCGUAACACCAUAAGGACGGCUUAGUUUGAAUUUCGUGAAAAUCGGCCGAAAACUGACAGACAAAAUGGCUGCCGUUCGUUCCCAAAUAGCCUAAAAAUAUGGUAUAUCAAGGUUGUGGACCCUUUAGAGGUCACAAUUUUUAUCCGAUUUUGUUGAAACUUGAAAUGUAAGUUUAGAAUACAAAGAUCUUGAUUCCUUUAGAUAUUCGCGCAUAUCGGACUGUAACUUCAUGAAUUAUGGCCCCUGAAUGUACGCAAAAACGCGUUUUUUGGCUUGUGGACCCUAUAGAGGUCAUAAUUUUUAUCCGAUUUCAAAAACCGUGUUAAUAUAUCACCAUAACACCAUAAGGACGGCUGAGUUUAAAUUUCGUGAAAAUCGGCCCAAAACUGACAGACAAAAUGGCCGUCGUUCGUUCUCAAAUAGCGUAAAAAUAUGGUAUAUCAAGGUUGUGGACCCUAUAGAGGUCACAAUUUUUAUCCGAUUUUGUUGAAACUUGAAAUGUAAGUUUAUAACCCAAAGAUCUCGGUUCCUUUCGAUAUUCGACCAUAUGGGACCGUAACUUCCUGAAUUAUGGCCCCUGAUUGUACGAAAAAUCACGUUUUUAGCUUGUGGACCCUAUAGAGGUCAUAAUUAUUAUCCGAUUUGAAAAAAUCAUAUUAUUAUAUCACCGUUACACCCUAAGGACGACUGAGUUCGAAUUUCGUGAAAAUCGGCCAAAAACUGACAGAUAAAAUGGCCGCCCUUCGUUCUCAAAUAGCGUAAAAAUAUUGUAUAUCAGAGGUUACAAUUUUUAUCCGAUUUUGUUGAAACUUGAAAUGUAAGUUUAUAACCCAAAGAUCUUGGUUCCUUUCGAUAUUCACGCAUAUCGGACCGUAACUUACUGAAUUAUGGCCCCUGAUUGUACGAAAAAUCGCGUUUUUAGCUUUUGGACCCUAUAGAGGUCAUAAUUUUUAUCCGAUUUAAAAAAAAUGUAUUAUUAUAUCACCGUUACACUCUAAGGACGACUGAGUUCAAAUUUCGGUAUAUCAAGGUUGUGGACCCUAUAGAGGUCACAAUUUUUAUCCAAUUUUGUUGAAACUUGAAAUGUAAGUUUAUAACUCAAAGAUCUUGGUUCCUUUCGAUAUUUGCGCAUAUCGAAUUGUAAUUUCCUGAAUUAUGGCCCUUGAUUGUAGGAAAAAUCAGUUUCGUUUUAGCUUGUUUUCUAUCCAUCUCUCGAAAAUGUGGGCGUAUCCUGCCUGGCAGCCGCUGGUUUCAAAAUGUUAUUUUUAAUCGAUCAUGUUGUGGUAAAAAGUCGAAAGUUUAUUAAUGUCACCUUGGAAUGAUAAUUUAGAAGGGGAUUGUAUGUGAAUAAAUAUCUGGCCAUAAUAUUGGCAUUUAUAAUACCAAUAUUAAAUUUUUUGAGAACAUAAAAUGGUUAGUAUGUUCAUUUCCUGCCUUAUUCCUUUUGCUAAAUAUAUGAUUAUUACAUACAGAUUUACAGUAGACAACCAUAUUCUUUCAAAGAGAUAUAUAUGAAUAUUCUAGUAUAAAACUGCCUGAUAGAGCUACUUACUCUGAUAAUAAGCCCUAAUGUACGGAAACGAAUAUAAUGAGGUUAAUGUAUAUUAAACCUAGCUAUUUAAGAAUUAAUAUUAUACAUAUAUGUUUGUUGUUCUUUCAUGAUUAUAUGAAAGCAUUUUAUUUUAAUUACCGGUAAAACUAAAAUUUAAGAUGUUCACAAAAAACAUUUGUGGCAAAGAUAUCCUUACUUGUAAAUGAAUUCCACAUUUAUAAAACUUUUUUUUUUUUUUUGGUAAAGAAUUUAACUAAACUUGCCCUUGAAACAAGUUUGAUAGUGUUUAUACAAAACACAAUCACACACUUAUACAUUAAUUAAAAUAUCUAGUAGAUUAAUGUGUAUUGUUUUUCUUUUUAAAUUGCACAGAACCUUUGUUUACACAGACAGAUGUUGAUUUCAGAGUUCUACUCUUUUUAAGAAAAUUGAAUUUUAUGAUGUCACGUUUAAAGAAAUCUAGGUCAAAUAUAAAUUCAACUCUCAGCGAUCAGUUAAUAAUAGUGAAUAGUUUGCAAAUAUAUAACGAUAUUGACAAUUGGAUAUGAAUGGUAGGACACGAUAGAUUUUAAAAAUUUACUUACAUUUUCAAAAUGGUGACACUUCGGUGAAUUUUUACUUGAAUAAAGAAUUGAUCGCUGACUCCUAUUAUUGACAAACAUUUUUUAAAGACAAAACUAAAGAAAUUGCACAGAACAUUUAUUUACAAACCGAUUUUGAUAAAAAAAAUUUUUAGAAUAAGCACUAAAUAACCCGAUUAAUCAGUUAGCAUCAAAAUUUUAUCUCAUUUCAAAGUUUGACCCUUUUUAGAAAAAAAAGUUUUAAAAAAAAAAUCGAGUCCAAAUAUUAAAAUUCUACUCUCAAUGAUCAAUUACUAAUAGCGAUCAAUUUCCCAAAAAAUAUAAAGUUAUUGAAAAUCAGGGGCCUGUUUCACGCAAUUUGAAAUUUGAUUGGAUAAUAUUAGAUUGAUUUUAGUGCUAAGCCAACCAAAAUUCAAGUUUCGUAUCUACUAAAAUUGGAUUUUAUCUUUAGUUAAAAUUUCAAGAAACAGGGCCAAGAUAAGAAUUGUAGGAUGAGAUAGACAUACACUUUCAAAAUAGUGACACUUUCAAUGAGUUUUAACUUGAUAACUGUACUCUUAAUAAGGCAAAAUUAAAGAAGUUAAAAAUCUGACAUUGAUUUUAGAAGGGAGAUAAUAGGAAAAUAUUUGUUGAUAUUUUUGGAUAAUUUGUAUAAUUAGGUAAACACAUGCAAAGAAGAGACCAUAUUCUAUUAAACAAAAAUUGUGAAUUGCUAACAUUUUUAAAAUUUUACUUAUUCAUAAGGCUGCUGAACUAGAUAACUUUCAGAUAGUAUAGAGUUCAAGUCUGUAGAAUGUCUACUUUUUUCUAAAGAGUUAAAAAUAAUUUUUAUAAAAACUAAUUAGUAAAAGUCAUGCAAAGAGUUUAAGUUAAGAUUCAUGUAAAGGGUUUAGUAUUGAUGUAAAAUGUUUUAAGUAGAGCAUUUGAUGUAAACUUAAGAGCAUUUGAUGUAAACUUAAGAUUUAUGUAAAAAGUUUAAGAUUGAUGUACAGAUAUUAAGAUUGAUAAAGAGUUUAAGGCGGAUAUGAAGAGUUUAGUACAUAGACAAAUUUUAUGUAAAGUUGACAAUAUUUGAAAAGAGAUUUAAAAUCACACCCUGUUUCUAUAAAAACUCACAGAAUGAAGUACACACAAAAAUAAUAAAACAUAAGAAUUUGAGAAUCUCAAAUUUGGGCACAAAUCUAUGCCUAGAUAUAACAAUUGAAUUUACUAAAGUUCUGCGACUAUUCUUCAUUGUUUCAAAUGGAAUGCCUAGAAUCCUUUCCAGGGUAUAAUUGCAAUGAAUAGAUACCAUAAUAAUACACAGAACACAAUUCUAUGGAAUGCAAUUAUAUUCCACAAAUAACUUAUGGAGAUUGUUGACAAGGGUUGCACCAAAUUUGUUUUGCUUCAUUUCUUUUUCAAGUGUUCAUAAUGAAUGUUACUGUAUAACCCCCCCCCCCCCCCAGAAGACUGUGAAUAGGUACUGUGAUGGUUUAUUUGCUUUAUGUAAAUAUAUAUAGUUCUUUGUUAAAGUUUUUAAAAUAUUAAAUUUUAAAAAUGUGAUAUUACAGAAAUUUUAUUUUAUAUUUAAAGUAAAUCUAUAUUUGUUGUCCAUAAUUGUUAUUGAAUGUUUGCAUGUGUUGAUAUUUAGUUAAUUGAUAAACAAUAUUGCUAGUAAAUAUUUGUGUGGAGUUAGUUACAUGUCUGAGAAAUAAAAGGAUUGCAAUUAGGAAAUGGAAAAUAUAAUUUUCAUUAACCCUUUAGCAUCUGGACUGCUAGAAACUGGCUCCCACUAGUGACCUAAACAGCUUGAGUCAUGCGAAUAGUGUUAAGCUAAUUAAAAAAUUGUAGACUAGUUCUGUUAUUUAGGUAGUUUGCGAUGAUCCUGGAAGCAGUGAAUUCGGGAAAUCAAUAUUUACAUGUAUCAGGUGAUAAAGGGUUAACUUUGUUUAGCUCCGAGAAUAAAAUGAUCUGUAGUCAGCUGUCCUUAAAUACUGCUCGCUUUUGCACAGGGUGAAUACUGAUAAAUAAUUAUCAACGCAGUCAUUAAUUACACAGCAUUGAUUGAGAUGGUGUUGCAAAGUUACGAUCUUUCCAGCCUUUAUGGUUUCAUUUACAAGGAGUAUCACCUGAACAAAAUAGCAGCCAAAAAUAGUUCACACAAUGUCUUGAUCCACCAGUUAACAAUGCAUUCAACACAUUUCAAAUUUGACAUGGUCAUUGUACCUCCUAGAAUCCAGACUGUAGUAUUAGUUGUACUGUAGGAGAAACAGUGAUGAUAUGAUACUGGAUAAAAUGUGAGACUAACACAUUUAAAUUCAUCACACAAAAGUACUGUAUCAUUUACUAAUGGCUUUCUGUUGAUACUGAACAGUAUUUUGAAAUAAUGAUGACUCAGUUAAUGGCAUAUAAUUUCACUAGUAACUCAAGUGUUAAAAGUGAGUAGUAUUGAUUUUUCACUAUUAGCAGUAUUAGAUUGUAAAAAAAAAAAACGUGUCCACAGAUAGAGCCAGUGUUUAGUUACAACUAACUAACUCUAUAUAUCCAGCAUUCAACAGCCUUAGCUAAAUAUGAAAUUAGUAAAGAAACCGAUUUCAGCUAAAUAAAAUGAAUCCUAAAUGAAACAACACAUCAGAUCAUCACAAACACUUUAUUGUGGACAAUAUCAAUGAUUUGUAGCACCUUUAAGAUGUCCCAGAAUUCAAAAUACUUCCCUGGCAUAGAAUCAGGAAGUCAAACUACUCAAGAGUUCAAGAUUAUUGUAAUUAUACUGUGCAACAUUGACAAAUAUCCAGAUGUUGAACGUGGUUGUUGCCUACUUAAAUUUUAAUAAUUUUAAGGUUUAGUUAUGACUUGCAAGUUUGAAAUAAAAGUUUGUUAUAUGAUAUGA